CCCAUCUGAGAAUAAGAUCAAGAAAAAAAAACGAGACUCAGCUAAGAACAAGAACAAGUGAACAACAAACAAAGGAAAACCGCUUCCUCCCGUGCCGCCGUCGUAGGGGUUGCUUCCGCUCUGUCGUUCUUCCGUCGCUGCCUCUGUUCUAGGUAUUCCGAUAUAACAAGCACAACAGUGACACGUUUUUCACCUGAUAACCAACUUAGGUUAUUCUGUUGAACUAGUUGAACAUCUAUAGACGGAAUGGUUCGAUGUAUUGUUCGAUUUUCAGAACAUUGUAGCAUUCUCUCUGCCUCUUGUAAAGGGUUAAAAACAAAGAUAUUGGUCCUCUAUGUCAUAGUUGUAAGAACCGGACCGGAUCGGCCGGUUCGACCAGAAAAUCGGUGAACCAGUCAUUUGGCCGGUCCGGUUGAGUAAAUCGACCGCAUAAGGAACAAAAUCGGAGAGAACCGUUUGAACCGCCUGGUUUUGGAUUAAAACCGGCAAACCGGUGAUUUUGUGAAACCCGGCCGGUUCGGAAAUCUGCUUACCGAAAACGCUGUCGUUUUGUUUCUUUAAAGAGAAAAAGCCCUAACCCUGCCUAAACGGCUCCCCCAAUCCCCAGUACCCGUCCCCUGACCCCUGGACCUGGAGGCUGGAGCUCUGGAAGCCUCUCUUCCUCACCUCAUCACACCAACAAUCUCGAGUCUCAACUUCUCGAGUCUCUUCCUCCCCUCAUCACACCAACACUCUCUUCCUCGCAGUCUCUCUCAGUCUCGAAGACUCUCUUCCUCUGCUUCGUCUCGCCGGCUUCACAGUGUGUCCGAGUACGUCGGGUUCGUGGCUCCGCGUCUCCUGCGUCGCUGCUGCGGUGCUACCUCUCCGUCGCGUUUCCUCCGUCGCUGCUGCGGUGCUGUCUCUCCGUCGCCGGAAUCUGCCUCAUCCAGGAGAAAUUCUUGAAGCAAUAGGUUACACAUCAUGGUUAAUGCCAUUAAAGGAGUUUUCAUUUCCUGUGACAUACCUAUGGCUCAAUAUAUCAUCAAUAUGAAUGCUUCACUUCCUGCAUCUGACAAAUUCAUCAUACAUAUUUUGGAUAGUACCCACAUGUUUGUUCAACCCCAGGUGGAACUAAUGAUAAGAAGUCAAAUUGCCAAGUUUAGAGAGGACAAUACCUAUGUCAAGCCCAAUUGAUUCCAAAAGGGCUUCUAUGUCAUCAUCAUAUCAUGUUAUACCUGCAUUGAACUACAAUGAACAUGUUUACACUUUUUUUUUUUAAUUGAAUCUGUUAUGCCCUUUCUUGUAACCAAACUUCUUCACAGGGAAAUAUGAUAUAUUGUUGUUAAUAUUGAAUUUGUGUGCUUUUACACACCAAAGGAACCAUGCACUUUAGAGGUUCCAUCUUCUAUAUGCUUGUUUUUGCUUAUUGUUCUUUCGUGCAUGAUUAAUCUUCAUUGCAGCCAUUUUUUUGCCAAAAAAGAAACCAAACCAUAUAAAUCUUGAUAGGGGUGAGGGACUAAUUCCUUGUGUUUCAAACUUACAAAAAAUGUUAUUAUUUUAAAGCUCUGCAACUUUUGUGCACUUUGAAUUGUGUUGCAAUUUCCUUUAAAUAGUGAAUGUAUUGAUUCCAAGUAUUGACAUCCAAGUAAUCCGAAUAAUAAUCAAAUCAAAUAUUUAAACAGGACUUGGUUUAUUCUAUAGUAAAAUUAAAUAGUGUUAUUGAUCACAUAUAGCUCAUACAAUACAACUCCAAAACCUACAAACUACAACAUCACCAUUACUGAGAUUUGGUGCAACAAGAAUAGGUUUAAUAGAUAUGUAGUGCACAUAACAACAGUAUAUUGCUACUAAUUAGUUGCACUAGUUUCCUCAACCUUUGGAGCAUCUUCUGCCACAGCCACUUCCUUUUGUUGAGCUUCUUGGUUAUGAUCAUGAUGAUGGUGAUGGUGGUGGCGGCGACAUGGAUGGUGGCCAGCAUAACAUGCCCUAUGGCAGUGGAAAUUUCUUGCACCUCUACUCAUUAGGGCUCCAAACAUGGUUCCAAAGCCGAAAGCAGCGCCUAGCUUAAGAGGAGUACUCAUAUUAGUUGUAAUAUAUUAAGGGUUCAAGAU